UCUUCACCUGUCUCUUUCAGUUUUGCCUGCUCCAAUUUUUUUUUAAAAAAAGAAAAAGAAAAAACAAGACUUCCAAAUUGAAGGAAAUGACAUAGCUUGUUGAACUAGAAGGUUAAUAAAAUCAAGAUUGAUCACACUCAUACUACAGAAUGUUUAGGUGAAUCAACCUAAAAUUCAAAGCCACACCUAUAUUAUUUGUACCAAGUAUCAAGAUAGACCAAUAAUAAAAUGUGCAUGAGAAAAUGAGAGAUGAACAAUUGAUCAAAAUAUUCUUGACAUAUACCAAAUUGGAUGUCCAAUACUGGGUAUAUUUACCUACUAUGUUGCCCCUAGUCACCAAACAUCCCCUCCUUUUUUAUAUGUGAAAUCAAUAUCACAUUUGCAAAAUAAACCAAAAUAUUUAUCUGGCCCACUUUUCACCUCAUAAUUUUUUUCUUGUUUUUACUUAACAAAAUUUUGUUUUCAAAAGGAGGGCUGUGAGUUGCUGUCAAAUACCGGAAAUUUAAAUUUGAAAUCUCUGAGACUUAGUAUUUUGGAAGUUACUUGUUGAGCAGCUGCUCUAUUUAGCAUCUUUUUUUAGCUGAUUCUGCAGGCUAAAGUUUUUUUGAAAUUUAUAUAUCCUCCUAAUUUCCCCUUCUAUUUUUAAAAAGUGUUACAACUUUUUUAAGUCCACACAAUAAUGAAACUUGAAACUAGCAUGGCACAAUCACCUAUUGGAAAUUCAAGAAAGCAAGAUGAUAGAGAUUUUAACCUUAGAGAAUGGGCUCUUAAGGCUAAAAUUAGCAGAGAAAACACAAAUUCAAAAAGAUUUUCGGCUUCUUAUAUUAGAAGUUUCAGAGAAGAUGCAAAAUCUUUUAGAUCAAAUAUUCCUAUUUCUAGUACUGUUUCUUCCCCUGGCUACACGUUAAGAGAGGAAAUUGACCCAUCUACUUAUUCUUUUACCACUGCCCUUGAAGCAUUGCAGGCAAAAACAAUUUACAGUUGGGAAUACAUGUCACCAGAUGGAUUGGCAUUGAACUCCAAGUGGAAUGAAGCUGAGAAAUAUAUCUGCAAUCCUUUAUCAGGGGAAGUUCCAUUAGAAUGUUUAUCUGCAAAAACACUAAGUGGGAGAUCGUUUCAACAUUUAACCAGUAAAAUCACCAUGUCUGCACCUUUGAUUUAUCCUUCACAAUAUCACAGUACUCGACAAUUCCAUCGAAAACCUCCUACAAGAGUAGUACCUCAUUUGCCUCAACAUGAACUACAAAUCCAAUUUCCAAUCAAAGAGAAGGGUAGGAUUACAAGAGAUGUGGGAACACAGAGUAGUACACCAGGUAAUUACUUAAGUUCAAAGAGUCCAAGUCCAGCUCGUACACCAUCCAUUGAGGAAAGAUCUACAAAACGCUGUGUAGCUGAUGAUUCACCUAUGACUACUCCUGAAGUUAAAUCUGACGAAAAGGUGGAAGUGAAGGAAACAAGACAAAAAGAAGACACAAAAAGAAAUGAGGAGCAGCUGGAAGAGGAUCAGAGAAAUAAGAGUAAUAAUUGCAAAGUGAAGCAGCAAAGCAGGCAUGGGUGUUUGUCAUGGAGGAGUUUGUGCAUGAGACAAAAGCAACAACAACAGCACAAAGAGAAAAAACAUAGUAAAUCAAUAAAGAAGAAGAAGAAGAAGACCUUUAUUUGCCAUAUAUAAAUGGAUGUUUAUGUCCUCUUUGGGAUAGUAGAAACAUUCUUUCUUUCCAUUAUUAUCUACCAUCACUUGUACUACAAAAUCUAUUGAGAGAAAUUUUAGUGCAAAUCAUGAACGCCAGCACUUAAUUAUGAAUUAGAAUAUAUAGGACAUUGUUACUUUUUUUUUAAUUUUAAGAUUCUUUUCUCA